UAAGCGCCUCCGGGAGCCCCGGGGCAGCGGAGUCCGUGCCGGGAAGCCGGGAGGGCUAGCAGGCAGGCCAGCUUAGGUGCCGGCCCAGUGACAUCCACAGAAGAUAAACCAGGCCGGCGAUGGUGCGUCCGGGCGCUCACGUGUGUCGAGACCCACCGGCUCGUCUAUUUGCGGUGUGAGCACCUGUCGUGUGGCGGCUCCGGGCGUGGCUGCUCGUCGGGCGGGCAGUUCCUGUGAGAUUUAUCCCUAGGGGCCUGCCUUCCCCGGCUCCAGAGGGGAACCUAAGAAGUUUAACCGAGCCGGGUUUGAGCAGAUUAAGGGAGUGAAACAGCGGCUGGGCCGGGGAGGGUGGGGACUGCGGGUGCUGAGGGGGUGGGAACCACCUAUUUGUCCCGUCUCCCAGGCAGAAAAGGCCUUUUGGCAAGACUGGCGUGACAAAGGUGGCCCUGAAAUGCCUAGAGCCUGGGCAAUGAUGAUCACUGAGUGAGUGGCACUGGGCUGACCCUAGGCAGUUUGUUGAGUAGCAGACAGGGAUGCUAGCGGUGCGGAAGGCGAGGAGCAAACUCAGGAUGGGGACCAUCUGCUCCCCCAACCCCAGCGGGACAAAGACAUCAUCGGAGGUCUGCAAUGCCGACUGGAUGGGCUCGCUCCCCCCUCACCUCCACAACGUCCCGCUUUCCAAUCUGGCAAUCCCAGGCUCCCAUGACUCAUUCAGCUACUGGGUGGAUGAAAAGUCCCCAGUGGGGCCUGACCAGACCCCAGCUAUCAAACGCCUCGCCAGGAUCUCCUUGGUAAAGAAGCUAAUGAAGAAGUGGUCUGUGACUCAGAACCUGACAUUCCGGGAACAGCUGGAAGCUGGGAUCCGCUACUUCGAUCUGCGUGUGUCUUCCAAGCCUGGGGAUGCCGACCAGGAGCUCUACUUCAUUCACGGGCUCUUUGGCAUCAAGGUCUGGGACGGGCUGAUGGAGAUUGACUCUUUUCUUACGCAGCACCCCAGAGAGAUUGUCUUCCUGGAUUUCAACCACUUCUACGCCAUGGAGGAGGCCCAUCACAAACGCCUGGUUCUCCGGAUCCAGGAGGCCUUUGGAAGCAAGCUGGGCUCAGUCUGCAGUGUGGAGAGUAUGAGGCUGCAAACCCUGUGGGAGAAGAAGUGCCAGGUUCUUAUUUUCUAUCACUGUCCAUUCUACAAGCAAUACCCCUUCCUGUGGCCCGGAAAGAAGAUUCCAGCGCCCUGGGCAAACACGACAAGUGUGAGCAAGCUAAUCCUCUUCCUGGAGACCACUCUGAGUGAGCGGGCCCCUCGCGGCUCCUUCCACGUCUCUCAAGCCAUUCUCACCCCCAGAGUGAAGACCAUCGCCCGAGGCCUGGUUGGUGGCCUCAAGAACACUCUGGUUCACAGGAAUCUUCCUGCCAUCCUGGACUGGGUGAAAACUCAGAAGCCUGGAGCCAUGGGGGUCAACAUCAUCACAUCUGACUUCGUGGACCUGGUGGACUUUGCCACAACUGUCAUUGAAUUGAAUGACCUCCUGCAGGAGGAUAGAGCUUUGGCGAAAUGCUGAUUUAAUUUUUUAUUUAACUUAAUGUUGAGUUUGUUGAUCCAGGCUAGAGUUCUGAAGGAUUUCCUGUUAAGGUGGCCCCUGGGCAGUAAUGGUAAAAUGAGUAAGAGGAGGAGGGCAUUUUCUUUUCCCUCCUGACAGGGCCAUUUGGAUAAAAUUACAGGGCUUUUAAUUGCAUUUUUCCCAAAUGAGACUUUUAAAGAACUCAAGUCCAAGGGAAGAAAGCAUGUUUCACGUGAUCAGGGUCAGGAUCUCCCCAAUGGCUUAUGAUGUUAAAUGCAAUAUGGAAAUGGAGUCUCUACGUUCCAUUGGGGAAUUGAGUGUCCCCUAAUUGGCCCAGUUCCCUGUUGUCUUCCGGGAUGUUGUGUUUGAGCCAGUGAGAAGGUGGGAUCAGAAAGGCGUUCCUCGUCAAAAGAGUGGCUCAUUGCAGCUGUGGACUGCCCUGUGGGUGGCUCUAACAUCAGCCUGGGCUUCGAGGGGAGAAAAGGCCAAGCACCAAUUCUCUCUAUGUGUGUUGAAUGUCACCACUUCUUCCCUGAGAGAGUAAGACUUAUUUGUCACCAAGGUAUUUCAGCCACAAGCUGUUGUUGCUUAGAUUGUGCCUGGUAACUGGUCACCUUCAUUCUUUAGAUAACCAGUGCAUACUGCCCUUGGUAUCAGAAAUGUAUUUCUCAGUUUUAAAACAUUGAUUCCUUUCUAUUUCUUUUGGCCCCUUCUUAAAAGUGAAAGGAACAAUGAUGGGACAUCUUUUCGGUGUGGGGCCCAACAAGAGAUAGAUAUGCAUGUUUGUUGCUUGCCAGAUUCUUUGAUCUAAUUUUGUAGCUUUUUCCAAAAUGGCUACCAGGUGGGCGCCUGCAUCAUUUUGGCAAAGUCCUUUCUGGAGUGGGAUCUUCAAGCCAGAUCUUGGCACUGCAUUUUGUUGUUGUCUGCCUAGGACUCAGGUUUGCACCGUGGGACACAACACUGAUGGAAGGCACCUUGUCCGUGACUCCGUGGAGGCAGAUGCAGGAUGCGUGGGGAAGUGCAAUGGAUUUAAGGAGGGAGCUCCAAGUGGCUUUGGAGCCAUUCUGUAACUCCUUGAAAACAAGACUACCUCGGGGACAUUUAGGAUGACUUGUGUGUCAUCAAGUGAGAAAUACCCAGUGUUGGAACAUUUCCAGUUCAUGUCUUGAUUGUUCUACUUUCUGCAGGUUGUUCUGAGCCUACUAACUACCACUGUAUGAGGGCUUUGAAACUCAAGAGAGGAUUUUUCUUUUAACUGAUAAGAGGUGGUUAUCUAUAAAGAGCCCUCUUGUGUUUCAUUUUAUUUAUUUAUUUAUUAUUUAUUUAUUUAUUUAUAGAUUAAUUAUCCUCAGUGCUUCUUACCCUAAGAGCACUCACAAAGGAGCUUCCUGAACUUUUCUCACCCAGGCCAGAUGCUGCCAUGGUCUUCCUCCCCUCAACAGGACCACACAUCUCAGGACCAUGAGUGACCUCUGACUGCUGUAGACGUCCUGGCUCCCCCAGUCAUGCCCAAGACAGUGUUCAUGUGUGGAUGUCAGUGUCCAGAUCUGAGAGGCCACUACCAAGUCAUGCACUAGAGCAGAAGAUGAAAUGGGUCAUGAAGAACUCUCAGUUCUUGAGGAAGACCCUCCAGAAGAAGGCUGAAAAGGAAGGAGCUGGAGAACAAACUGGGCAUGGGAGUGUGUGCACUUCGAUCGAUGCUCCUCAGAACUGUCUGAGAAUCUCCAAGAAAGUGUCAGCUUCUGGAUUCUUAAGGAAGAAAGAUAAACACGGAAUCCUGGAUGGAUGUGUGCAUUUAUAAAGAUCAUGGGACCCCGCAGCAGCUGCCCGUUCCUAUUCUUGGAUGCUCGUAGCUGGAUUUCGCAUGUUGCUGCAGUAAGUGGUAUACUAGGUGAGCUACUAAAAGCACAUGCACACCCCCAACUCUUGGUCUUUCAGCCUUUCCUCUCUGUAGGGUGAUUUAAGCCCUGAGCUUUUGCUUUCACAGCUUGAGGAGGUCACAACACAAAUGCCUCUGGGAGAAUCUGGUUUAACUUUUCCUUUUCUUGCAUUUGAACCCCUCAACAAAGAGGAUUCUAGGAUUUUAUUGUCAACUGCUUUAGGGCCUUCUCUGGAAAGGAGUAAGAGCGUGAGUGCACUCACUUUCUCAAUUUUCCUUCAGUCCUGAUAUUAAACUCCAGUGACAAGCUCUGAAGUCCCUGGCCCACCCUCAGGGUUUUAUUUGUGUUGUUAUUAUUUCAUUUUGGUCUUGUUUUUAAUUCUUGGUCAAUUGCUAGGGCCUAGAUCAUUUCCUCUCUUUUAACCCUUUGUUACUUGGCAAAGAGAUAAGGAGGCAAGAGGAGACUUACUUUGCUCUGUUUUAUUUGAGCCUCAGCUUUGUCCAGGUGCUUGGUGCUAUGAGGCCAGGCGUGUUGACAGGUAUCUACCUGGGAUGCCAAUGACACCCAAGGGCUGCUGACUGUUCAGUGAAAUGUUUACUUGAUUUCCUCCUUUAGUUGUAAAAUAUAUAGUUGCACUUCACUUGGGUUGUAACAUUUAAGUGCAUCUCAGUGUUUGCAUGAUAAGAGAAAAGUCAUCAAGCAUGACACAAAAGCACAGAAAAUGAGACAAGGUCACGUACAUGGAGUCCUGCUCUGCGUGGCGAGUGCAGGCCUCACUUCUUCAUGCUGCUUUGGGUUGCCAGCCUGGCUUCCAUUUUGAAAUUCUGCACUGGAGUUCUGGGAGGUAGGAGGAGGAUUAUUUACAAUUCACCCUUGAUAAACACCCUUGAAUUGACAGAAUCUCUGCCCUAAGAACGAGUUGCUCAACAUCUUGUAAAGAAUGCUCCUGCUCCUAAGGCCAAGAAGGAGAGCUCAACGGUGGGACAGAGGGAAAAUAGACUUUAGGUCCAUGGCUCAUUCUGCAACUGCCAACAAUAAAUAUGGUGACCCAACUACAUCGCUUAUUCUCACAAGUUCUGGGGACCUUUCCGAUUGAACAAGGCUCUCAUAUUUUCUCAGAAUUAACUUUACAAUUAGCUGUAAAGCUACUUGAUUGAGCCAAAGAGGACUUUAGUUUCACAGGAUUUGGGGCCAUAUUUAUUCUGAAACGUAGACUGGUUUUUCAUGAGCUCUCUGGACCGUUUCCCACAUAGCCACAUUUCCAUGGCUUUGUGGCAAAGGGGACCAUCACAGAUUUCAGUUAGAUUAGAGCAGUGUUUAAAGGCUUGAACUUUGAGCCUAUUGGAAGUACCACUGUGGUUUCAUGGGUCCAGAAUAUAUUCUUAGGAUUGGGGAGAGAGGUCAAGAUGGAAUUGAUGGAAGGGAAUGAUAUAUUAUUGAGGAUUAAAUUUUAAAUUAAUAGCAGAUCUAAGAGGGUUAUACUAAAAAACAUUAUAUAUUUGCUGUAUUAGACUGUCUAGUAAUUAAGUUUAUUUUCCUUAGCACUGAGUCCAGACCCCUGAAUUCUUGAGAACAGUUAAGCCACAGUCCAAACCCAGGAUUUUAUAUAAACUCAAAGAAAAGCACAAGAUCUGAGCCCAGAUCAUGACUGAUCUUAAGAAUCCUAUUUCUUCUUCUGUGACCUCGUAUUCACAUCAAAAACUUGAUGUUUCUGUUCGAGAAGACAGUGUAGUGGAGCAUUCUGGAAUUAAAUGCAGUUUUGUGUUGUGUCAGGAUUUUCUAUUUCUAUUUUUCUGAAUAUUACCGUAAUAAAAUUCUCCCCAAAGAGACAUUAUUAAAACCCAGCUAGAAGGCUUAGUGCUCAGCUAAAGGUGGGGAAAAAGAAGAAAUUAAGACUGAAAUGAAACUGCCUCUUUUCCUGGGAAGCAAAGGGGCUACCCAAAUUCAGGCCAUCUUACAGAAUUAGCUCAUGCCACAGUUGAAGUUUUUGUAAUGUUCUUUAUUGGCUGACUGCAGAUUUUUACUGUUGGGUUCUGGGAAACAGAGCGGGCUAAUGAGUGAGGCACAGCCAUGAGAGUCCCCUCCCGUGGCUGAGCAAGUAAGUGAUCCUGUGCUGAGUUUGCCUUGGCUCUUUCAUCUGGAAUAAAGAUGCUGUCUGCUACUUUCGCACUCUUUUGCAAACCUUGGUUGACUAACUCUUCAAAGUAUCAGGUCCCUAAUGAUUAGGUUCAAUGCCGUAUACUCAGGGCCUGUACAGUUGUGGUAAUUCUUCCUUGUGUGGCAUGUGUAGAGAAAUGCUACUUGGGCUUAUUUCUCAAAAGUGUGGCGUGGGAUGACAGAACUUGUCCAACAGUGGCGCCUUCAGUAAUCCAGAUAAUGAGUAGGGCUGAAAGAAAUCUGCUUACAUGUACAUGAGUUCCUGAGAGGUGGGCUUUCCCAAAUACCUGCUAAAUAGUCAUGUUAUGCCAAAAGGAAAGGAAGAGAGAUUGAUAACAUCAAAUGUCCAGAAGGACAGGAAGUUUGUUCUGUGUGGCGUAGAACUUGCUUGUCCCUCUAAAUCCCACUGACUUUCCAGUACAUCUUGCCCCUGUGCCUCAGGCUGCUCCCUAGUUCUUGCCAUCAUAGCUUUGUCACUCACAAAUGUGGCCUUGGGAUACACAGGAGUGAGCUGAUUGAGUGAUAAGUGACGUACCCGGAAACUUCACACUUAAUUCCAAAUUCUUUACUUCCCCCAAGAGACCCACUAUCUCCUGAUCCUCUGGCUUCUCCAGUUUCCUUCUAGAAAUAGUGACACUAAUGGCACUCUAUCAUUGAAUUGACCCUAACUCAGAAGAAUACAGUACAAAACCCUAUUGAUGUUGUUGAACUAGCACAGUCUUAGAUACUAUAAAAAUAUUCUAAGAUAACUUUUUUUGUUUUGUUUUGUCUUUUUCAGGAAGAUUGGCCCUGAGCUAACAUCUGUUGCCAAUCUUCCUCCUUUUUGCCUUUUUUUCUCCCCAAAGCUCCAGUAGAUAGUUGUAUGUCAUAGUUGUACAUCCUUCUAGUUGCUCUAUGUAGGACGCAACCCUAGCAUGGCUUGAUGAGUGGUGGUCCGCGCCCAGGAUCCAAACCAGCAAACUGCGGGCUGCCGAAGCGGAGCACCCGAACUUAACCGCUACGCCACCUCGUUAGCCCCUAAGAUAACACUUUCUAUCUUGCAGUUAAUAUAGUGUUCUAGUUUUUUCUCCAACAAAACUUGUUCUUAGGACUGUUCAAACUUGUUUCUAAGCCACAUAGUUGGGAUAAAAUAUUUUCCUUCUCUUUACUGGAAAUUCAAUCCCACAGUCUAUGAAGGCAGCCCCAUCAAUAGUCUAGAGGCAUUUUCCAUCUCAUUCCUUCUCAUCUCCUUCACACAAUACCACUUCCUCCUCUUGUGUCUUGGCCAUCCUCUGUCAUCUGCUGAUUAUUAUUAAUCACAGGAUGCUGGCAAAACUUACAAUAAAAGGCACAUACGUUCACUGAUGUCCAAACAUACUCUCAUCACUGUGGUUUUUGCUCCUUACUCAUCUCAAAUGCAUUAUUCUGCCCGUCCCCCUUGCCCCCCAGCCCUCACUACCACCCAAUCACUAGAACUGUGUCUGAGAGUUUCCCGGAACCCGGGGCCAGUAUUUCAUUCAAAUAGCAGGGGCUUGCUCACAAGCUUCGAGCCUAAUGAGAAGCACAGCACUUUUAAAAGUUAAGUAGGCCUUCGGUAUCUUUGUACAUUUGCAGUUUUACACUUGCUAUUAGUUUAUAGCACUAAUAACACUAUGGUCAUGGACCUGUAAUAUCAAUAUGAUAAAUCUUAGAACAUAUUCUGGAGACAGUGGUACCUUGCUGCUAUUAUAUGUACUAAUUGACACCCCAAUAUUAAUAAGUAUUACAUACAGAUUUUGUAUGCAUUGUUUGUAUUGUGUAUAUGCCAACUGUAAUACUUAACCUCACUGAUCAGAAUUAGAAAAUACAGAGAUUGUCACAGUGAAAAUAAGUCUUGUUCAAUUCAGAUGAUAUGUUAAUCUGAUAAAUACGCUAUUAGAUUUUAUAUUUUGUCCUCUGUGCUUGUUUUAUAUUACAGUGCAUGUUAUUUGCUAAGUAAAAAAAUAAUAAUAAACUAUACCACUUUAAAGGUUAGAAUUAAAAUUUUGCAUAUACGCUGGUUGGUACUCUGAAAUGUAUCUUGUGGCUUAACUAUCUUGUUCACACACAUUUCACUUGGCUUUUUUUCCCCCUGGGAAAUAAUUGUUCAAAUAUCUCUCUCUCCUUCUUUCUUGUAACCUGGAUUAAAUUGUUUAAUUCAACCUAAAACAUUGUAAUGCCAGAUUACCUCAUUUUAACUGUGAAAAAAGUUUAAUAGAUAUGAUAACAUGAUGUCUUUUCUUGUAUUUGAUUUGAACUACCUAAAUAGGCUUAAACCUAAUAAUAAAUAUAAACCUUCAGCAGGUACCUUUCCUUUGUUUGUAUGCACAUUUUAUU